UGCUGCGUCUCUGUCCGGGUUCGGCUGCACCUGACAGUUUCCUGUUUGAAUGAGGUCUACAUUUGGGAUGCUCAGAUGAGGUCUACAGAGCUGGAUCAAGGUCUGUUCACUGACAGUUACUGCAGAGUGUGCAGUGCCCAGUUGAUUUCCCAGUCUCAGCGGGUAGCCCACUACGAGAGUCGAAAGCAUGCCAGUAAAGUUCGUCUGUAUAACAUGUUGCACCCGGUGGAUGGGGGAUGCCCUGCCAAGAGACUCCGUCUAGACAACGGCAGCGGAGAGGGAGAUGAUGUGGACAGGAACAAGUGCUGUACUCUCUGUAACAUGUCCUUCACCUCUGGAGUCGUGGCGCAGUCGCACUACCGGGGAAAGAUCCACGCCAAGAGACUGCGCUUACUGCUGGGAGAACCUCCUGCCAUCACAGCCAAAGACGUGUCGGCGAGCGAGGGCCAGGUGGAGUUGGACGUCGGGUUCGGGCGGGGCAGACUGUCCCAUCGUUACUGCCAGCUGUGUAAGGCGUGGUUCAACAACCCGGGCAUGGCACAGCAACACUACCAGGGCAAGAAACACAGGAAGAACGCAGUCCGCGCCGACCUCCUCACACAACUGGGCCAAAGUCUGGACACUGUUGAGCUUAACGGCCUGAAGAGGAGUCACACGUGUGAAGUCUGCCGUGUCACGCUGAACUCUGUGGCCCAGUACCACGCCCACCUCCAAGGCUCCAAACACCAGAAUAAUGUUCAGUCAGGCAUGUGUCUCUCCCAUUAUGAAACCGAAUGCAGCGUCCACCUGGAGCGCAGUCUUCAGCCCCCUGUCCACAUCAGAACACAGUGA